AGGCGGUGCUAGCCGAUCCUUGUGACCUUGGAAGCACACAGGGGAUAGUCCCGAGCCAUGGCUGCUCAAAGCUUGUCAGCUGCCCUCUCCAUCAUGCUCUCUCUCUCGAACAUAUCCUCAGAGUGUAAUUGAUAGCUCUUCUUGUCUUCAUACCACCUAGACACUCUUCACGACCGUGCUCUCAACAUAGAUCCUUCUUGUAUUGCGUCCGACCCCUAGACUGUAUACUGGUUAGAUCUAUUCGACAACGACUAUUCACGCUCAGAAACGUCUUACAAUUACGACCUAGAGGUCUUGGCGCCCAUUGCUAUUCCCUGCCUGCGCAUUCGCUGACUGUAGAGCUCAUCUCGCUCUACCACAACAACCCUGGCCGACGUUCACAACUACAUCCUGCGUGUGCCCUCUUCUGGCAUCAUGCAUUCACCCCACACUCAGCAGCAGUCCGAUGAUUCCGAUCGCACCAACCGCUUCUUGUCCUCGCACGGCUCAGAGACGCCAACCUCUCGUUCUCUCCGCGACAGAGCUGCCAGCCAACCCCCUCAUUCCUCAAACCCAGCCUUUCUCGCAUCCUCUCCAUCCCAUCAAUCUUCUCUCAGAACAAACGCGUCAGGAGGCCCUGGCGCGUGGCCAAGGUUCCCCCCUUCUACUCUUAAUCCGAACACUAUACAGGGGUCCCUUCCUCAGUCUGUACCCACGCGCAGCGCCUCCUUCUCCACCACCUCGUCCAACGCCCAGGUCCUCUUUUCCUCUGCCAUGCGCGAACGCACCUUUCCAUCCACCUUCGAAGAUGACGAAUCAGAAGCGCAUUCCGAUAUUCAGGAUCCUUACGAUGAUCGAUAUGGUAGCCCAUCCAAUGCCAUGUUCCGAGGCCGCACUUAUGCUGCAGAUCUCACCCGCAGCAGGUCUCAGUCCAUCGCAACGACAAGACCUGGCAUGCCGGGAGCCCCGGGAGGGCUUUGGAAUGAACCUGCACUGACUUCCAAUGGUCAUAACAUUCCCGGCCGUUAUGGUGAACUCAAGCCUCCUGGCUCCAGCCGGUAUGGCUCGCUGGGUACGCUUGGCCGAUCUCCGUCGAAUGGUUAUCCCAGCUCCUUUACAGACCACUCUAACAUGAGUCCCUUCGUACGAGACGUGGGCCAGAUCCUUCUAGAUGACCAAUCGGCUUUCAAAGAGCUAUGGACCGGUACCAACCAGUUACGAGAGGAGCAUGGUGGAGGAAGUGGGACUACAAGUAGGCGACAUAGCGUAAGCAUCGUACAACCACGUAGGCCGACCGUCGUAGGCUUCAACGCACCUGAAUCCGACGUUCACGAAGACUCUUCACACCCUCGAAUGUAUCACCAAUCUUCAUUCAACGCUGGAGGUUUGUUGCUUACCGAUGACGACCUCGCAAGCGACCUCGGGUUACUUAAUCUCAACCUCGACGAUCACCAGCGGACGUCUCUGGGUCAACCACCUAGUCAACCGUCCUCUCUCCCCAUCUAUGCACCCCUAUCCCGUAGCCCGCCUUCACAAGACCGAGUUUCGCCCUACCAGGCUCUUCACUUGAACAUCCCAGGUGGAAGUUCGUACGCCUCUCGUCAAGCCAUCGGAUCACCUAGUGACAGUGGACUUUCCGCUGGAAGUCCUUCCCGUUUCGAAUCCGAGUACCUCAAACGAGAAGCAACUGUUUCUCGACUUACUGCUCGAUUUGUGCCAGGACAUGGCAUUCAACAUAUCCCAGAGGCAAGCGUCCUCACUUCGCCCAUGUCCGCUGUGGGUAUGCGUCCACACUAUACGCAAGGUCACUCGCCACAACUGCAACGUCGCCCUUCAGAUGCUGCCAAAACAAUCAACGAGCUCGGGAAAGGCGUUCCUCUCCAUGCAGUUCCUACUUCCUGGCCUCUCUUCAUCGUAGAGUUCAAAGCGGGUCGUACUGACUUGUUCUAUUGUACCGACCUUGCACAAGACAUUCGCGUCGGGGAUUUGGUGAUCGUAGAAGCCGACCGAGGCAAGGAUUUGGGCAAGGUGGUGAAUGAUACCAUAACGUUGGCCGAGGUAGAAGCGUUCCAGAAACAGCAGAAGCUGAUGAAUGUCGCGGAUGGAGGGGUUGGACCGUCGAGCCCGACUAGUGCGGGUCCUGGAGGCGUGAAAGAUAUUAAUCCAAAGAUGAUAUACGGAAAAGCUUCGCCUCAAGAUAUUCAGGGAUUCACCACGAAGUUGCAAGACGAGGCAAAGGCACUUGAGCUGUGUCGUUCUAAAGUGCGACAAAGGAAGUUACCUAUGGAAGUCAUUGAUGCUGAGUAUCAAUGGGAUCGACGGAAGUUAACUUUCUAUUUCGUCGCUGAAAAGCGGAUCGAUUUCCGAGAGCUUGUUCGAGAAUUAUUUAGGUUGUACAAGACGCGAAUCUGGAUGGCGUCCCUGGGCGGCGCAUCUCAUUUCGAUCAGUAGAGCAUCGUACGUCGCUCCAUUUUGCUCAAUCGCCACUACGUCUAAUCCAGCCAUAGUAGAUAUCCGUCGUCUUCCAAGGCUCUAUUCAAGCUUGCUUGAUCCUGUGGUCUGGUUUGAUUCCCUACAAUGUACAAUAGGUCGGAUUUCUUCUCAACACUCAACCCAAAAGUUUUGCGGACCCUGUUCCUGUGUUCAUAUCUCUUCUCCACUCUGCUACUUACUAUGCUCUGUUCUGUGUCUCUGUGCUCUAUGCUCUCACGUCCACGAGCCAUACCACUGUAUAACGAACGACAUCAUUUAUUCUAUUUCUGCUUGCUCUUUCAUCCGUCACUUAUCUCUAAGCGUUCCGUUUGUCCUUACGUUACUCGCUUCAGGGCUUGUGAAGGACAUCGACCUGGAAUAUCUCACAGUUUGGACUGUCCAUCCAUUCAUCUAUCUAUCCAUCCCUCCACAUUGGUUCUGUUUUCUUGUGUGUUUGAAGUAAAACUAAAUGCCGCCUUUCGUCGCAUGUACAUGUACUAUUAGUAUCUCCCCCCUCUGUACUAUAAUGAAAAACUCGACUUGCAUACCCCUUUGCCA